AAUAUGAGCCAGUCAGAUGUAAAACAUUCCCUUCGGAAAUUCGAAUUUCCAGCAUGUGUCAAGGAAGCCCUUCCACGCAUCGAAAGCAUGAUUAUUGGACGUGGCAAACAGAACUUUAUAAUGCAAUUAAUAUCGGAAUUUGUCUUCCUGGAACGUAACAAAGAAAUGGAUGUACGCAGAGGACAGUCACCCCAAACCUAUGUCAAUAUGCAAAUGAAUAAAAUACAGGAAUUUCAAUUGAUUUUGGUCUUAAUUGACUAUUUUUCCCAGCCAGGACCCGACUCAACGAGAAACGCCGUAUUUCUUUCACUAUUCACAAAUCUGACUCCACAGCGGUCUAAAAUCUUGUGUAAACUGAUAAGUACAUCGGUAUCGGGUUCGGUUGCUCCAUUAUUAUCUGCUGCCGGUACGUGGAUGCAACAAGUGGGAUGCACUACACCACCCAGUUUGGAAGUGGCACAAAGCUUAGUAAGCGACUUUAUAAUUUUUUCAAGAAAAACAUCCGAACAGUUGAAACAGUUGCCACUGGUAGCUCCACACUUUGCUGCUAACCUAAUGACUGCAGUUGCUGAUUUGUAUCUCAACGAUCAGAGGGGUACUUUAACUCCUCCUCCCGACGCCUUGUUGGAUGUAUUUUGUGAGUGGGUGUCUGAAAAUCCAUCCCUUUGUUUGGCAUCCCAACAACCAUUGGCAUUGCCCACUGGUGCUAUAGCAAUGCCGGUGGUGACCCCAUUGGCCGGACUUAUAAGAUGGUCUGUUUUGGCACCAAUCGUGUCCAACAAACCGGCAUAUAGUAACCUACACUUGGCAUUACUUCAAACUCUCUUAGAAAUUGUAAAUAACGGACCACCUACAGCUUUGAAUGCCCAGCAUUUGAUGUUAAUAGCGUCACCGUUGAAGAAUCAUGCUUCCCGACUAGUAGCUGAUAAAAUCGACCCUUUACAGGAUGCCGAUUUUCAAAAGAGUUUAGAACGUCUAGCACAAGCUGUGCAGGUUGGGCUGACCUCCAAAUGUAUUUAUGGAAAUAUUCCACAAUUGCUGUGUACAUUGGAAACUUUACCCCCACACAAUCUGAUGAAAAUUGUUAUAGCGGCAAAUAAAAGUGUGUAAGUUAUGAAG